UCUAAUAUUCGUCAAUACAAGGAUAACAAUUUUGGAAAAUAAUUUUGUCGUUAUUCACACAAUUACUUCGGCACGCGAUAAAGAGUCGAUUUAUAGAAGAUAUUGGUGUAUCAAAAUUUGUCUUUUAUGUUUUAAAAUAUAUUAUUUUGUAUUGUAAUAUAUUCUAAGUUUGUUUCUAACACAAUUUACUUAUAAAAGAAUAAAAAAUGUUAUUUAUUACAAUUUAAAUACGUACGUACACGGUUAGUACGAGAAUAAAAAGAGGAAAGAAGGAAAAAGAAGAAGGAAAAGAAGGGAACAGAAGUCAUUUUCUUGUUAUUCCUAAAAUGUACCGUUUCAUCCAUAGCGUCACGUUUUCAGCUUUUGUUUUGUUCGCACUAUUCGCUAGUUGAAUGUUUCGAUCUCGUAACUCGUAAUGUACAGCGAUAGAUUUAAGUAUUUGAUUGUACGGCAAAACUCGAGUACGAGAAGAAUUGAUCAAUCGGUUCAUAUACCAAGGUGAAGCACGCGGUUAAAAAUGUUACGAGAUGGAUUUCCAUCGACGAAUACCUAAUGACUCGAAGCAUUGUAAAAGCAAGCACUUUCUUAUCCGUCUUUUCUCUUACUUUUGCAACCUUUUUCUUUUGCGAUCCGUAUUCGUUAUUCUUGUCACGCGCUACUCCGUUACCUAAUUCAUUGAACGAUUGACAUCUGGAAAUGUAAGUAAACCGAAAAUGAUAGAAAUGGAUUCAUUACUAUUCGGUGAUUGUUCGUUAAACUUGCGACACUUGCGAUUAAAGGUGCGACCCGGUGUUACGUUAACAAACGUAACAUACAUACAUUAUUUGAUAUGCGGAUCGAUUGAUUUUGUUCUCCUCGUCUCGUAUAUACAUUAUUAUUAUUUAUUAUUAAUUAUAUCAGCUUAAUCGUUGUGUAUUAACUAUCUUAUUAAAUUAUUUCUUUUUUAGCUCAACCGUUAGAAUCAAUCACGGAAAUUAGAGAUGCAACGAUACGUUUAAGCGAAAAUCGCGUUAGCUCACUGUAAUAUACGCGUGUGAAUUUUUGUACAUCGUUGAUAGACGAUAAAAGGAAUCGCAGUUCACAUUCGCUGCACAUUUUAUGCAGAGAGUGGCAUCUUAUAAAAUUGUACAAACACGUAGCUUAGAAUAGCGAAAGGGACAAGUAUCGUAAUACAGAAACGCUACGAGCUUUAAGAGCUUUUCACCGAUAUUUUCACUUCAUCGUUGUGUCGCAAGUGGUUCGAACGUGGUGAGAACGGAGUAGUGUAACAUUUAAAAAGGAACACGAACGUAAGUUGGAUCGUUUGAGUGGGUGGGAGAAUUCGUCGUUUCGAAGGUAGGCAAGCCUCUAUAUAAAAACAAAGGAGGCUAUCGAAAAGGUACCAUACGAGUUAAAAACGUACGCUUAACAUUAUUCCUAGGCCCCUCGUACGAAAUACAAAGAAAUACGACGAUGCAGCCAAUUAGCAUUGUGGUUCUUGCUGUUGUUUGUUGUUAUAUCGUACCAUGUAUAAUAGCCAAAGAAGACGCUUUACCAUCGACAGAGAGCCGUUCCUCGAUUCUCGAUCAAUCUGUUGGUCAAUUAGAAAAUGAAGAAUAUUCGGGUGCUACGUUGAACAGGCAAAAAAGAACGCUUCUGCUGAAGAAAAAACUUAUCGGUGCAGGACUCUUGGGCUUCGGCUUAGGUGCCGUGAAAGGGUACAAGCUUGGUUAUAAGACGGCUCCAGAAGUUCAUCAUGUUUAUGUAUCGAGUCCUCCAGCAUCCGUAAAAUACGUUGAAUACGUUGACAAACCUGUCUUCGUGGAAAGAAUAAUUGAGAGGCCAACUCCGGUUUUUAAACCGGUACAUGUCGAAUACAGGGAAUCUUCUCCUUACGGGCCUUGGUAAUGUCAAUGGAAAUCAUCAAUCGGUGCAAGUAAUCACGUAAAAUUGGCCAAAAAUAAUAAUCCAAUAGCCGGCAUAGACCAACAAGAAGAAGUUUGUAAAGUACCAGGAAAUUUCUAUCAAAACGUCUUCGUAUUGGUUUAUUUUCAUGUACACACGCACGUCUAUGCAAUUAUGCAUACGUUCAAGACUCAUCGUACAAUAGAACAAAACAAUAUUUUAUACUAUACUCGACGUUGUAUUCGUGACUGGCGAUCUAAAAUUUAAAUUGAUGCGGUAUCAUACUGUUUUAUUGCUUAAAAUGAAUUAUUGCGUCAAGACGAAUACAAAGUAACAUCGUCUCUUUAAUUACCUUAGAGGGAAAAGAAAAGGAGUACAUAGAAAAAGAGUUUCAUUUUCUUGUAUCAUCGAUCAAAUUUUACUUUCCAUGCGUAUGUUCUGCUCCACGUUUUGCGUUAAUUUAUCGCACCGUUCUUAGCCGCAUCGUUGCGUAGAACGAAUUACGGAUACGUGGUUCAUUUGUCAGAUGAUUGAUUUAAAUGGCUUAAUGUUAAAUAAACGAUCGUAUUUUUACAUCUUAUUAUCGAUCACGAUUCUUUCCAAUAUACAUAUAUACGUGUUAUAAGCUUCGCGAUGCGAAAAACUCGUUGAUAAUCUCCUAAUAAUUUUUCGCUCACGAACGCUUGCAACAUUAUAAAAUGUCCAUCUAUACAUUAUGUGCGCUAUAUACACUUAUUCGUACAUCUAACACACAAAUUAUUGCACGAUCACAUAAAACACGUUUGCACGUGCUGUUUUAUCGUAAUUAAUUGCGUGUGAGGUCGCGCACGGACGCAAUUUUUAAUUGGCGCGUUUAACGUCGCAUCGUUCGGUUUAUUAAUCUUCUUAUCCUUAAUCUCAAAAUACACAUUACGUUCGAAAAAUUCGCGAAAUUAAUCUUUACGAUAGGUAAUUGCACGAUUGGAAAUCGGAAAGAGGGAGAGAAAGGGAGGAGGGAGAGAGAAAGAGAGAGACAGAGA